AUGGAGCCCGCCGCGCCGGACGUCGAGGGCGGGCGCGAGCGGAAGGACUCCUUCGGCGACCUGAGCGAGAGCGGCGAGCCGCCGACGCCGUCGCCGUCGCCGCUCCCGACGCACCGGCGGGCGCGGUCCCUCAACUCCAUCACGCUCAUGCGGUCGCCGGCGAAGCAGCCCUCGACCAUCGUCACGCGCGGCGGCGCCUCGGCGCGGCGGGCCCGCUCCGACGAGCGCGGCCCCGGUGGCAGCCCCGUCGGGCGGCGCAGGUCCUUCGUCGAGGAGUCGCGCGACGUCUUGCGGGAUUACGCCGAGGACGUGCGGUGGUCGCUGCACGAGUACGCGGGCCGCUGCGGCGCCUGCUGCCGCGUGAACACGGAGACGGUCGUCCGCGUGCGGCGGAGCCUGCGCUGGUACGGGUCCGCGGCGAACCUGUCGAACGAGACGAUGACGCCCGAGACCUUCGCGGACACGGUCGCCAUCGACGACAAGCGCUGCGAUUUGCUGGACUCGAGCCGGCGCAUGAACCCCGUGGAUCUGGUCUGGCGCCUGGACCUCGCGCUGACGGCGUCCAUCGUGCCGCGCGUGCUCUCGACGUGGGUCGCGCGCUUCGUGCUCGGCGUCUACGUGUCGGCCGCGGUGCUGAAGCGCGGCGGCGCGGUCGGCGACAAGGAGGGCGACGGCGACUCGACGGUCGUGAAGCUCUCGAUUUUCGUCUCCUUCAUCAUCGUCUUCUACUCGAACCACUGCUACACGCGCUUCUACCGCCAGUACGAGGCCGUGAAGAUCUGCUGCCGGACGAUCUCCGACGUCGUCUCCACCGCGAGGGCCUACAGCGACGCGGCCAUCCCCGUCGCCGAGGCGCUCGACGACGACGACGUCGACCGGCCCCCGGCGGGAAGGCUGCCCAUCGCGACGGCGGAGAAGCUCUACCGGUACCUCAACGCGGCGCACUGCGCGGGCUACUGCGCGCUGACACCGACGUACACGCGCAAGAACCUCUUCGAGCCCUUCGUGCGCCGCCACGGCCUCUUGAGCGCCCGCGAGAAGCGCGCCUUCUCCGCGCAGAAGCUGUCGACGGAGGACGCGAGCGGCGAGGCGUUCCACGAGUUCGUGCUCUGGGCGCUCGCCGCGCUGUCCGCGGCGCACCAGCGGGGCGAGAUCUCGAGCCCGAACGAGAUGGUCGCGCUCCAGGAGAUGGUCAUCCUCUUCCGCGGGUCGAUGCAGACGCUCUUCGACGAGCGCUUCCAGGAGAUCCCCUUCGCCUACUCGCACCUCGUGUCCUUCGUCUGCGCCUGCUACCUCCUCGUCCUCGCCGUCGACAUGGGCCUGAAAUUCGGCGCGUCGUCGUCGAUCACCGCGGGCCUCUUCUUCCCGUGCCUGACGGUGCUCUUCACGACGAUCGUGCUCCUGGGGCUGCUGACCGUGGGCAAGGCCAUGAGCCAGCCGACGGGGCUGGACCCGGAGGGGUUCCCCAUCUUUUCCUACAUCGACUCGACGGCCCUCGCGAGCCGCAAGAUCCUGGACUCGCACCGCAAGGCGCCGCCCGACGAGCCGGACGCGCCGCCGCCGCCGAAGCGCCGCUCGACGUCGAACCCGCCGCCGAAGCUCCGCGACGGCGCGGGGCUGGCGUAA